GACACGCGCGCACGCACACACAGAAAGCAGGAGGAGGAAGAAGAAGAAGAAGAGGAGAAAGAAGGAGAGAGGCCACGACAGACACUCAACUGAGACAAAAGUAUCUCCAAACCACCACCCAACUCCACCUUGGGAGGCGGGCGCCUCAGCAUGGCUUCCGAGGAACUCUACGAGGUAGAGAAAAUUGUUGAUAAAAGGAAAAACAAGAAGGGGAAAACGGAAUAUUUAGUGCGGUGGAAAGGCUACGAGAGUGAAGAUGACACUUGGGAGCCCGAACAGCACCUUGUGAAUUGUGAGGAAUAUAUACAUGAAUUCAAUAGACAUAACAAUGAAAAGCAAAAAGAAAGCACAUUAACAAGGACAAAUAGGACAUCUCCAAAUAAUGCAAGAAAGCAAAUUUCUAGGUCUACUAAUAGUUCUUUUUCGAAAACCCCAAAGUCCUUAGUUAUUGGAAAGGACCAUGAAUCAAAAAACAACCAGUUGUUUGCAGCGCAGAAGUUUCGGAAAAACAACACUCCUCUUUCCAGUAGAAAAAACAUGGACCUUGCAAAGUCAGGUAUCAAAAUUCUUGUGCCCAAAAGUCCUAUCAAGAGUCGGACAGCAGUGGAUGGCUUUCAAAGUGAAAGCCCGGAUAAGCUGGACCGCAUUGAACAAGAUCAGGAGGAUUCUGUAGCACCGGAAGUGGCAGCAGAGAAACCCGUUGGAGCUUUAUUAGGACCUGGAGACGAACGGGCUAGGAUGGGGAGCAGACCAAGAAUACACCCAUUAGUGCCACAAUUACCUGUGCCAGUAACAGCUACCAUUGCAUCUGCAUUAACAAUAAAUGGUAAAGGUACAUCUACCUUUAUAGAAGCAUUGUCCACAAACGGUACCAACAUACAAGCAUCAGUAACAGGAGUGACAGCCAGCAAACGAAGAUUUAUUGAUGAAAGGAGGGACCAGCCUUUUGAUAAAAGACUACGAUUCAGUGUGAGGCAAACGGAAAGUGCUUACCGGUACAGAGACAUUGUUGUCAGAAAACAGGAUGGCUUCACACACAUUUUGUUAUCAACAAAAUCAUCAGAGAACAAUUCAUUAAAUCCAGAGGUAAUGAAAGAAGUCCAGAGUGCACUGAACACAGCAGCUGCUGAUGACAGCAAACUUGUCCUCCUCAGUGCCGUGGGCAGCGUUUUCUGCUGUGGCCUUGACUUCAUUUAUUUUAUUCGACGCUUAACAGACGAUAGAAAAAGGGAAAGUACUAAGAUGGCAGAUGCUAUUAGGAAUUUUGUAAAUACUUUCAUUCAGUUUAAGAAGCCCAUCAUCGUAGCUGUAAAUGGCCCGGCCAUUGGACUCGGAGCAUCUAUAUUACCUCUGUGUGAUGUGGUUUGGGCUAAUGAGAAGGCUUGGUUUCAGACUCCGUAUACGACGUUUGGGCAAAGCCCUGAUGGAUGUUCAUCCCUUACAUUCCCAAGAAUAAUGGGCCUGGCAUCUGCAAAUGAAAUGUUAUUCAGUGGAAGGAAACUGACUGCACAAGAAGCAUGUGCCAAGGGACUGGUGUCGCAAGUUUUUUGGCCAGGAACAUUCACACAAGAAGUCAUGGUUCGAAUUAAGGAACUUGUCACAUGUAAUUCUGUUGUACUUGAAGAAUCCAAAGGUUUAGUUCGUAGUAUUAUGAAGGUGGACUUGGAACAGGCAAAUGACAAAGAGUGUGAAGUUCUAAAGAAAAUUUGGGGUUCUGCUCAAGGGAUGGACUCAAUGUUGAAAUACUUGCAGAGAAAGAUUGAUGAAUUUUGAAGAGAUGCUCAUUGACACUGGAAUUGUAUUUACUUUGGGACAUCUGGGUUUCAUGGAUGCUCUAAAUGAAUUUAAAAGUCCCAACUCACAGAAAAGAGUGGGACUAAAGCUUGAGGAGAACAUGGUUUUAUUGUCAAGGUUUUUUAAAAAAAAAUUAAAGAAGUUACUGUAUGUUAAGCAUUGAACAAAUUUCUUUUCUCCAUAUAUAGAUUAUAAAUAUAUAUAUUAUAUUUCUUUAUAUACACGAACUAAAAAAAAAAUUUAUAAUGGAGUGCACUACCAAACUUUUGUCUUCUACUUUAUCAUUGGCUAGUACUGUAUCAGAAGAAAAAGGUGGAUAAAAUGAGGUGUUGCAUUAUUUUGUAUGUGGCAGGAAGGUCCUGAAGCAAUGAGAUAUUUUUUCACUAGAGUACAGAAUUGAAACGGGUAUUGGCCAGCCCUUACUUUCACUGCCCAAAAAGAGUUAGUUGAGAAGAGGCAUUGCCUUGAAUUCUGAGGAAGGUUCUAAAUACCUCAAGUAAUGAUGCAUUAAAAAAAAUCAAUUAUUUUUUAAAAGAAAUCCCUGUAAUAAAAUGGUCUAUUUUCUCUGUCUCUUCCCCCCCCCCUCCUACAAAAAAAUGAGUGUGCUCAGGAUUUAUGCUAUAAAAAACACUCAGCCCUUCUUGUUUGGGGGAGCAUGCCCAAUUCCUACCCAGAGAGCAUGAAGAAGCCAGUCUGUUGUUGAAAAAGAAGCUUCAUUUGCAGUAUUAGUGAAUCACUGAAAUACCAUAUAUACUAUGGAUAUCUUAAAUUAUAGCUUAGUCUUAGCAAGUUUUAUUAUUUUAACUACAUAAUUGCUUCUGUUGCUGGGUGAGAAAACAACUCUAUAUAAGGUUUGUUUUUGGUUUUUUGGUUCUUCGGUUUGCUGGUUUGUUCUUUUUGUUCUUCUGUUUGAAUUACACCAAAAAAAUGUAUUUUAUGUUCAUUUUUAGCUUCAUGUAGAAUAUAUUUUAUUUAAUAAGUUAAAAUUUCUUUUGGCACACUAUUAAAUAUUCCCUUUUUUUACAACAAAAAACACCUUACCUUAUAUUAGAUGUUUAAUAUCUUUUGUUUUUAAUUUGAAUUCCACACUAUGGGCCUGAUCCAGAGAUCUUUACAUGCAGCAGCAGGCUGCGUGCAUUCUGCAGUGGAUGAGGAUCUCCACUGCCAGGCGAGAAGAUCUGUCACCUGAUUUCAUGUCAGAAUGCAUUCUUGGAAUUGGCUCCUCUGCCUUCAAGUUAGAAGAAUCACCCGUCUGUUUGGCAGUGCAUACUUGAUACAAGAGUAUAACACUGCAACACCCAGAUGCUGGAUGCAAUUUUCUCUUCCCUGCCCCCGCCCCCCGCACAGUGCCCUUUUGUGCUCAUGGGACUGCAUCCAGAAAGGCACUAUGCCCAUGAAACCUGGUUUUCCAUGUGCAGAUUGCCAUUAUUGGAUCAGCAUGCAUAAAAUACGCAGUAUUGAUGCACAAGAGUGACCUUUGUAAACAAUACCUAUUUUGCAUUCCUUUCAGGGGUGUGUGAUGAUUCCUGACUCCAGAUAUCUAUACUUGGGUAUCUGUUUGCAAUCUUACUGAAUGUAUGAAGAAUAGG